AUGCAUUCCACGGGCCGUCACCAGCGUCCUUUUGACGCCAGCUCCUCGGGAAUCUCGAAGAUCGUCUCGACUUACGAGCACUUUCAACGAACACAAAACACUCAUGAGAAUGCGCGUCUCGUCCAUGUUGUAGACAUUGUCUGCGACAAUCGCGGGGUCAUGGAGUUGGUCACCGAUCACAUUGAGCCACUGGGUGACUUUGUCAAGGAUGUUGUGAUCAUGUCGUGUUCAGUCGAGGGCCUGGACCCUUCUCGCCUUGAGUUCCGGAUGGCGUGCAUAGAACCCUUGCGGCUAGUUUUUCCCAGGAGGUCGAGCUUGGAAGACCGAAGAACGCUGGCGAGCGAUGAUUUCAAAACCCUUGCACUUGACCUUGUGUUAGCCGUCCAAAGUCUUCCCGCGUCUCGGCUACUUCCAUCGACCACUGGUCGCGGUACUCUUCUUACCGAACUUUCCGGCCUCAUUCCUGUCAUCGAAUCUAGCGAGUUUGAUGCUGAGCGUAUUGUUCCGCUUCUGCGAGUUGUCGUGAACAAGGAGCCGGACGAAAUCAUCUUUGCAAAGACUUAUGCUGCUAUGACCGAAGCUACGCCACCUCCUCGUCCGCAAGCACAGUUUCUCCAAACCCCGUAUACGCACAGUACCAGCAGCGUUGUCAACUCGUCUGAGCAGAGACAGUAUAUGGACGGCUUACUGAAAGAAGAGAUGGGGCCCUUAUAUAUUGGCAUACCUGGUUUCCACGACGUAUUUGCCGGGAAGAUCCCCUGUCUGGAAGAGAAUGCCGCAGCUGUGUUCAAAAAAUGCCAGGAGGGUGGUGUUCCUUUGUAUAGAGAGGACACGGGCUGGAGAGAUUGGCCGAAAGGAGCUCAGGAAAAGGAGGUACUGAAGUGGUUUGCUGAGCGAGUUCAGCUCUUCCGAGAUUUCGCAGAAGACCUUAUUUCAAUCCCAAGCACCUCACGAGGCCCGCUAACACGACCCAAUAAAGCUUCGGAAGGAUCUACAGCCGGACAGAAGCCAGAUAUCGGCUUUGUGGAGGACCUUGAUGCGGACGAAGACGCCGUAUACCAUUGGUCGCAGAUUCUCGUACCCGGGGAGCUGAAAGGUAAUCCGGCAUUUGAUAUGGCCACUAAAACAUGGCUCGACCUAGCAAGGUAUGCUCGAGAGGUGCUGAUCGCUCAGGACACCCGUCGCUUUGUCUUGGGAUUUACUCUCUGCGGUUCGAUCAUGAGAUUAUGGGAGUUUGAUCGUGUUGGCGGGAUUGCUUCAGAGCCCUUUGAUAUCAAUAAAGACGGCCUACGAUUUGUCUCGGCAGUCUUAGGAUUUCUCUGGAUGGAUAGAGAGCAGCUCGGAUUUGAUCCCACUAUUGUGGAAUCGGAUGGUGUAAGGUAUAUGAAGAUCACUCGCAACGGCCGAGAUGAACGACUUAUACUCGACGCCUUGAUGAGACGUGGGAGUUCUGUGGUCGGCCGAGCGACAACUUGCUGGAGAGCUUAUCGAGAAGGCGAUAAGUCUAGGGCUCCUCUUGUCAUCAAAGAUUCGUGGCAAUACCCCGAGCGCGACCAAGAAGGGGAACUCCUACGAGAGGCGACAGAGAAAGGAGUGGAGAAUGUGGCCAGAUACUAUCAUCAUGAAACAGUUCAGGUGGGUAGUAUCGACGACGAUGUUCAGACCAAUAUUCGCAAGGUGCUGGAUAUCUCUAAAGCUGCGAACUUUCUCAGCCAGAGUCGGAAGACAGAAAGCUCGAUGAUGCCUCCGAGCACCUCGGUCUCUCAGGAGAUCAUUGAACGAGGCAGAAGUUUCAAAGUUCCAAGCGGCAUCGGGCGCAAGAGGUCAUCCAGCUCUAUUCAAGUACCAAUUCCGGCGGGCAAGCGAACAUGUUCCACCUCCCCAACCAAAAAGAUAAUUAGUCCAACCUCCUUGAAUCGGAUCCACCGAAGGGUUAUCGUAUCUGACUACGGAAAACCCAUUUACCGGGCAAGUUCUUGGGCCGCAAUGCUGGCCGCGUUGGAAGGUUGUAUCAAAGGUUAUAAAGCUUUAUACCAGGCCGGCAUCCUCCACCGCGACAUAUCGGUGGGCAACCUGAUGAUGAACGAAGACCCGACCAAUCCAUCUUGGCCAGCAUUUUUGAUUGACCUCGAUCUCGCGAUACGGACGCAGCGGGAGGGAUCUUCAGGCGCACAUGGCAAAACGGGUACAAGAGCAUUCAUGGCCAUCUGGGCACUAUUGGGUAAGAAGCACUCGGCUAUGCAUGAUUACGAGUCGUUCUUCUGGGUUCUCUUCUGGAUUUGUAUCCACUACGACGGCCCGAAUACGAAAGGUAGGGCUGUUCGCAGGUUCGAAAAAUGGAAUUUCAUGGACCCAGAGGAGCUCGCUGGGAUAAAACUGGGCCUUGUUGCGGAUGAGGAAGUUUUCCUGGAGACAUUAGAACAGUACGUCACACUGUACUACAGACCGCCUUGA